AUGAAGAUAUAUGAUCGUGUCGAGGAAUAUGUUGAGACUCCUGAUGAUGUUGGUGAGUACAAAAUGCCUGAAGCUUAUGACAUGGUUGAAAAUGUCAAUCAAGAGAAGAGAUUCUUUGUGGCCAUGCAGCGGUACAAAGAUCCUGAGGCCAAGGAUAAAAUGAACCCUUUUGCUGAACAGGAAGCAUGGGAAGAACACCAAAUAGGAAAAUCGAAACUGCAAUUUGGAUCCAAAGAUAAGAAGCCGUCUUCAGAUGAGUAUCAGUAUGUAUUCGAAGAUACGAUUGAUUUUGUUAAAUCAUCAGUCAUAGAAGGAACCCAGCCUGAAGACGAUUCAAAUAAAGAGGACAUUAAAGCAAAAGAUAUUUUGAAAAGGGAGCUCCAGGAUGAGCGAAAGACACUUCCAAUUUUCAAAUUUAGGGAUGAACUGCUUAAGGCUGUAGAAGAGUAUCAGGUUAUCGUCAUAGUGGGUGAGACUGGGUCUGGUAAAACAACACAAAUACCUCAGUACCUUCAUGAGGCUGGAUAUACUGCGAAAGGAAAGGUUGCAUGUACUCAACCUCGUCGAGUGGCUGUCAUGAGUGUUGCAGCAAGAGUAUCUCAAGAAAUGGGUGUUAAACUUGGACAUGAGGUUGGUUACUCUAUAAGAUUUGAGGAUUGCACUUCAGAUAAAACAAUUAUUAAGUACAUGACUGAUGGAAUGCUUCUAAGGGAGUUCCUUGGUGAACCAGAUUUGGCUAGCUAUAGUGUUGUCAUGGUUGAUGAGGCUCAUGAGCGUACCCUCUCCACUGAUAUUUUAUUUGAAAAAUUUAGUGACUACUUCGAUUCAGCUCCUAUUUUCAAGAUACCUGGGAGGCGAUACCCGGUUGAAAUUCAUUAUACAAAAGCCCCAGAGGCUGAUUACAUAGAUGCAGCAAUUGUCACUGUUUUACAGAUACAUGUGACACAACCCCCUGGAGAUAUCCUGGUGUUUCUCACAGAGCUUCAAGCUAAGAUAUUUGAGCCAACCCCCGAGGGUGCCUGUAAGGUGGUUCUAGCCACUAAUAUAGCAGAGACUUCAUUAACCAUUGAUGGUAUAAAAUAUGUUAUUGAUCCAGGCUUUUCAAACCAGAGGGCAGGAAGAUCUGGACGCACUGGACCCGGGAAAUGCUUCCGUCUAUACACGAGUUAUAACUACAUGCACGACCUAGAAGAUAAUACUGUUCCAGAGAUCCAACGAACCAAUCUUGCGAAUGUUGUGCUUACAAUGAAGAGUCUUGGUAUUCAUGACUUGGUAAACCUUGACUUCAUGGAUCCACCUCCAUCACUCCAUCAGAAGCUCUAUUAA